UUGUAAACAAACCCAUAUUGUUGCGAGUGCUUGCGUUCCUAUAUGUAAUGAAUAACAUGUGUUUAAAUGAAGUCUUCGCCUGUUUGUUGCUCUCUAUAUUGUAUGUAGGAAGCUUGUAUAUAUGGAAUGCGGCUCAGGGAAGAGAUCAUCCAUCCACCAUAAAGAAGCGUUGUAUAAGUGUCUUCUUCAUGACCAUUGUAUCACCAUUUUUCAUCAUUUGGUUUGGGAAUGGAGAAUCCGAAGGACAAGGAAAUCUUUGGUUGCGGAUGGGUUUAAGGGUUGAAGGUAUCAUCCCUGCACUGAUAUUACCAAUGAUCUUGACGUUUAUAUUGUUCCUGGGCCCCCUGGUUCAGUCGCAUCUGUCAGUGCCUGUUACGUUUACAUUAAAAAUGUAUUUGGAUCCUCUCUACUGGUACAACACCGCACAAAAUCCCAUCUGGUGGAGAAAUCAAGUGGUUGCUCCAUUUUCGGAAGAAUUUACAUUUCGAGCAUGCAUGCUACCAAUUCUUUUACAGUGCUUUCCCUCUGGGAAGGCAAUUUUUAUUGCUCCAUUGUUUUUUGGUGUUGCUCAUUUACAUCAUGCAGUUGAUCGAUUUCGUGUUGGCAUUGAACUACCAGCUGUUAUUCUCAUAUCCUGCUUCCAGUUUCUGUACACAUCAGUUUUUGGAUUUUAUUCAUCCUUCCUCUUUAUCAGAACAGGACACUUUCUCCCUCUUUUUGCCGUUCAUGCCUUUUGCAACCACAUGGGACUACCAGAGCUGAAAGAUAUGUUGAACAAACCAGCACCCCUCCGCAAUAAACUGAUGGUUUGUCAUGUGGUAGGUCUUGUAGCUUGGUAUUUCUUACUUUAUCCUCUCACAGAUCCAUCAUAUUAUGGAAAUACAUUGUACAGUUUGUGAACAUGAUAUUUUUAGUGCUGAAAUAAGACAAUUGUUUGUCUUCUUCUGUGCUGUGCUCAAAACUGUAUUUGUUAGGAAGUUGAUGAUGAUCUUCCUCUAUUUUCCAUCCUCAAGGCACUUGUAUCUUUGUUGCUUUUGUAUUACAGAAGGAUAUCUGUUUAUAUAUCCUUAUAUGUCUGUAGUAGGUUUUUUGCCAACAUACUGAUCUGAGGUAAGAUACAUUCUCAGCAUACUUUCUGGUACAUUAAUCAUGGUCGUGAUUUUUUGGAUAUGAUAAUUAUCUCUGGUUUUAAGAUGUAUUUUAAUUAAAAUAGGAGUUGGGAAUGCUAAUAUGAUGAGGUGUACCCUGUUAAGAAAUGGUCAGGUGCAUUUCUGAAUGUUUCACUGAAUUUUUUUCCUAGAAGUGUGAGUACAUUGUACGUAUUUUGAUGGUUUUAAGAAAAGUUUCUGUGAUAUAUUGUACAUACAGGUAUGUGCAUGAGUACAUAUUUUCAUAAAUUAUAUACAUAUUCAUAUAUAUGUAUAGAAAGUUGCAUGAACAGUUCAUCUGUAAAUCACAGUCAGCCCCUGUAAUUUGUAGAUUUCAAAUUUGCCUGUGAAUCUGGAUGAAUUUGUUUUUCUUUUGUAGUCAAAGACAGUUGUAUAAGGAAAUGUAAGUUAUCCAGUGAAACUUUCAUCUAUCAGUAUACAAGCAUGCAAUUGUUCAUUAAACAAUUCAUACUAUACAGUCUUGUGUACUACUGUACUGGAUAGAGUUUAAUAGUUAUUGCAGACCCACAUGAUGUAAGACAGUUUUGACAGUAAUUGAAUAUAAUGAAACAGAAAUAAAGGCAACAUUGUUUAGUGUCUUGGCAUGUUUUCUGUUAUGGUUUGUGAAAUAGACAGUCCAAAAUUUAAGUAACUGCCAAAUAGCUACAUAUUAGUGUAGGACACUGUCUGAAUUCACGUUUGGUCCAGGCCUUUGUUAUUCCCUUUCUCUGUGAUAUUCGUUGCCUCCCUAGUAGAUUCGAUCCAGCUUCUUCCAUAUCUACUAUUAUUUUUCUGACCAACUGCACCUUUCCCUUUCUCGUCACAUGACCAGUCUUUGAGAGUAAAGUCUGUUGACCAUUUGGAUGAUUCUUUGAAUAUGCUAGAUAAGGUUUCAACCUGUGAUAGUAUUCAGAUGGCAUUUGUUGUUGAAGAUUAAGCCAACCUUGUACUGGCACGGGCUCAUGCUCCUAGAGCAGCCUGUAGCUUCAGGUGGCCGAGGCAUUGUCACUGUUGUUUUUUUUCAACUGGCAGUUACUUUCCCAACCCUCAUGAAUUGGCAAACCACAUGGAAAAUUGAGUUGUGUCUUAGUUUUAUGGUAAUGAUAACAGGAAUGGCAGGUAUGAAGGUUCCAGUGAAUCCGAUAACUUUACCAGUUACGUAUUGGCUCAUAUUCUGCCAUAGCUGAUAUUGAUAUUAAGCCUCCCCUAAUUGGGAUUGAUCUUUCUUUGUUGUCAUUCAAAAAUCCCAAGCUACCAUCCUUAGUGACCCCUGUUCUAGUUUUGAGGACCUCAGUGCCAGUUUUGCAAAGUCCCUCUUCAUUUUGGGACUUGAAGGGAAUGCAGGAUUUAGAGGAGGAGGGAGUGAGGUAGUAGUCUUCAGUUCAGGAAUCAUAUGAUUUUGUGGAUGAGCUUGAGUAGGAUUCUCACAAGUCCUCAUGACAUACUAGGGAAAGAGGUGCAGUUUAUGAUGAUAUUGCACAGUAUAUGGAGCAUUGGGGUAACUCUGAAAUUGUCGUCUGUGGCACUUGUGUCUUUUGGCUGAUGGACAUGAUGCACAAGCUUUCAGUCUUUUCCAGAUCAUGAGCAUGACGACAUUGCUGAGGAAAGUGUCAACAAGAUAAUGGCAUCGUCAUCUUUCUUUUGGUUUAGAAGUACCUAUCUAUCAGAGGUGGCACCUGAAAGUAUUAAUUUACCUAGGUAGGCCUAGCUUACAUCCAGGUUGAUGUGAGCUUCAUUUUGAGGAAUAUGUAGUUCCCCUUCUCUUCGUUAGGAAAGACCAUAAGAAUUCAGGGUCAUUAGCCUGGUAAUAUAGGAACUUCAAAUCAGUAAGAAUACUUCACAAAGCUCUGGGUAUGAAGAGAGUAAAUUGAAUCUUGAGAAAAGAAAUCUUAUUAGCUGUAGAUUCAUCAUCAUAUGUUCAUGUGGAGACAGUUCUCUGGCAAGAGUAUGUGCCUGUGGGGAUGGAACUUUAUUUUCUUUGUCUGUCAGUUGGAGUAUCUCUGUGCUAUGUUAAAAAACACCAGUCAGCUUCACCAUACAUUAUUGCUAAGUUUUCAUUUUGAUUUCAUGGCUGAUUUUAUGCAGAGAAGAUUGGUAAAGUGUUUAUGUAACUACUUUCACCAAUUACUUAGUGUAAAUUUGGUAGCAAUCUGGUCCCAUGGUGACUGCAGUGCUUUGUUCUUGUAAGUAUUAGAAAGGAUUUUGGGGUCUUUACUACAUUUGAUAAGCUACAGACAGAAUAUUUAAAGAUUUCUCAAGAUUGCAACUGGGCAAGAGUACUGAAUAGUUGCAUGUUGUUUUCCAUUGGUUUAGUGACUCAGGAUAAUAAAAUAAGAUCUCUGUAUUAUGUGGGUUUAUGUAGAAGAUUUAAAAUAAUUUUUUUUCCUAAAUACAAACCUCUUAUUUUUUUGAAGUUCCCUCUAAUUGUUUUCCUUUCUGCAGGUGCUUUUGCUUACCUAGUCAGCUAAUGGCAAUUGGACAGGAGUGUCCUUUAUUAAAGGAUGCUCACUUUUUUUCAAUUCAUGAGUAUUUAUGUCUAAAACUGCAUAACUUUAAACAGUUUAAAAUCUGUAAAGUAAAUUGGUUACUUUUCAGCAUGAUUUAUACAUACAGCAUUUUAAACACUGAAGGCUUAUUUGUGCUUUUGGGCUAUUGGUAAGAUUACUAAACUGCAUCAGUAAACAGGGCAAAAAUCGAAAACGCAUGUCAAACUUUUAUUUUACUUAUAUGUACAGCAGAGUCAUGGGCACUUUCAAAGAAAAGGAGUAUAGUAUUUGCACAGGUAUGAGCACAAAAUGCUGAGAUUCAUGGUUGGGGUAUAAUCAGAAGAAAUAACAAUAAUGAUGUAGUUUAACAUGGUGUCCAGAGGCUGGAAAAUAUGCUGAAAUUGUAAAGGUUGAGUUACUGUAGUCAGGUAUUUGAUGAAACUAGAAGAGGAACAAACAGCCAGGAUAGGAGUAGAAGUGAAAGAAGUAGAUUGGAGGUGAGGAAGGCCUUGAAUAUCACAGAGAAAGAACAUAAAUGACCUGGACUUGACAAAACUUCAGGUGGAAAGGGCUAUGAGAAUAGGGACUUAUUUCUUAUCUGUUCCUGUCAGAGGAAUGCAGGAUGUAAACCUUUCAUGAUUAUGUUUGUGUACCAUGAAAUUCUGACAGUUUUAACAAUUUCUUUUAUAUUGCUGCAAUUGUUGUGGCUUUGGUACAAAUGUUUGUGUAUACCACCUUCUCUGUAUACAUUAGCUUUUAUAUACUGCAAACUUAUAUUUGGUAAAUAUUUCUUAUAGGUCAUCUCUCAGAUGUUUCAAAGAUCUGGAUAGUAUGUGAGAUUUAGGUUUUCUUCAUUCAUCAGUUAUUUGAACUUUACAUCUUUAUAAGUGAUGUAUUAAGUGAGCUCAGAUGUAAUUGAUCUUGGUGACCAAUACUUGCUAUGAUCCCCGAGCAUUACAGGUAUUGCAGUAAAUGUGUAGGAGUAACUUAUGUUGCAACUUUCAGCAUACUACUUUGCAUUUCAGAGCUUAACUACUUCAUAACAACUGGUCCCCUGUGUAAGUUGUCAUUCCCAUUUUAAUGAAGACAAUUUUGUUAACUUUAAGUUGUCUAGUCACACCUGUUAUGGAUAAGGUCCAUUCACAUUCCAGUAAACCACCACUGAGACCUGUCAUGCAAUUACUUCAAGUACAGAUGUUCUGUUUUACAUCCUUUUGAAGAGUAGGGUUCCAUGGAAAGGAGGAUUUUCAAGUUAUGUAACUAAUUUUAAGAAAUGCUUAUUUUAUUUAUGGAUGGAAAUAUUUUUCCUGUUUAAAGUGUAUAAGUAUUCCAUACAGUUUAUUUAUUUGUGCUUUAUAUAAUCAGUUAAUGUGCAGAUAUGUUGCAUAUUUAAGAAAGAUAUUAUGAGAUAUUGUACAUGAAGUCAGCUCAGGUUUCAUCUAGACCACCUUCUGCUUGUAGUGUGCUGUACAUAUUUCAGUAUGUGAGUCAGAUAGUCAAAGAUUUGUAUUAGUUCUUUGCAGAAAGAAACUCCAUUGUUUACAUAUAAGGAAGUGUGGAAUGUGGAAUUAAGGUUUGGGGAAUGUAAAGAUAUCUAGAUUUGCUGAAGAGAUUUGUGGACUUUUGCUUUUGUGAUGUGUUUUGAAUGGGAUUUUAUCUAAGUUAAUCGUGUGGAAAUUCAAGGAAAUCAUGUAUUUUGGUUGCUCCUUUUGAAUGAUACCAGGGUUAUAAAUAUGAUUGUCAGCCAUGUUGGCUAUUGAGCCAAAAACAAAGAAAAGAAGAAAGAUUCGUGAUACACAGUUGCCAAAAACAUAACACAGACUAACAAUUUUUACACAGGAUGCCGAGACUUAAAUCAGUGCAUGGGUCCACUAAACAUACUCUUCAUGAUUUAUGGAUGUAUUGUGCUGUCUGCUGUGAAAUGCACCUUUCUUUCUACCUCUCCACAUCACAACCGUUUCUUACCCCCUACUGCCAUAGACUAGUCUUAUCAGUUAUUUCAUGAUUUGUUGUACAAUAAAUCAAGAGUUGGAGUAUUGCAAGCCAAGUCAUAAUAUUACAUUGCCAUGUCCACCCUCAGUUCUUGCCUUUAGGGAAAAGGAUAAUAUGUAUGAUCAUAUUACUGUAAUGUUAUGGAGAGAAAGAGAAGAGUAUGUGCUACCUUGUUACUGUAAUGUUGAAGACUAUUUAAAUGAUUAUAUACCAUUUUCAGAAGUCAGAUCUUUAUGGGAAACGACAUUUUAUGGUUAUUGGUAUGUCUUUUAGGGCAUGAAAUUUCUCCCUGCUCAGCAUUUAUUAAAAAAAUUAUAAAUAGUUAGGGCAUCCUUCAGCUUAUCUCAAGGGACUUUGUGGAAUGAGUAGUUUACAUUGUUCUCAGAUCCUGCUUUCUCUUUAGCAAAGGAUCCUAGUCUUCCAUACAUUUUCAUGUUCUAGAAUACUAAAAGUUUUAUAAUCUAUGCCUAUAAUCAAAAUAUGUUCCUAGGGAAACAAUAACCUGUGUUGUACUAGAUAUCUCAUUUUCUAUAUGAAGCAUUAUUGAAUUAGGGAGAAUUACCAGAGGUAAAUUUGCAGAUUUGUCAGAUGCCAAGUUUUAGCUCAAUUAAGGUCAUUCCUUUUAUGGUUGCAGAUAACCUCUUCCUGAUGGCUUUAGUAGCAGUUUUAGCUCAUAGCUGAGGUCAUUCUGCUAUAAUACUUCAUGUUUGGUUGCUAAUGCCCGUAAUGAUGCCUGUAGCUUAUAUGAGACUUGAGUAGAUGUAACUAUUUACAACAACUGGUAAUGAAGUGUGAGAAGUGCAUGUCAAUUCCUAGUCAACAGGUGAUGUAUAUAAUGAUAAAGAUUUUGGUGGUAAAGGCCUGUUUUAAAUAACUUAUGUCUAUAAAUAGAUUCAUGAAGAUUUUGGAAGACUGUUUUACAAGGAGCUUUUGCAACUUUGGAAUUACAUUUUACUGGGGCAGCUCAUGUCUCUGAAGAAUCUUGCCAAAUUUGGAGAAUCACUGGAUAUUUAAUGUGAUUAGUCAGUGAGGUAAAAUUGUAUGAGAUGUGAAAUUUAUCAUUGUUACUACUAUCACAGUAUACUUCAGUUAGACAAUUAUGAAUUGAUGAGUCAAGUGUCAGUGACUCUUCAUGUCUAAUAAUCUAGAGUCUAGCAAUUUUUAGUUGGAAAAUGUAUGCCAGUAUGUAGUUCUUUAGAAUCGGAAAUUUGAACGCAAGCCAUAUGAAGAAGUAGGACAGUAUUACAGUGUUCCCCCUCCCCCCUGUAUUUGCGGGCGUUGCGGACCCCCCCGCCUAAUAGCUAGACCCCAUGAAUAGUUGAAAAUCCUAUAAAAUCUCUUGAAACUGCCUAUAUUUUGUUAGUUAGAACUCAAGAAAAACCCACUAAUAAUGUUUAUACCAGUUUUUUAAUAGUUUUAUCACAAAAAGUGCAUUUUAUGACAAAAUUGAUUUAAAAAAGCAGAAAUUUGGGGAUAUUUCUCAUAGCAAAAUACUGUGUAAAGUCAAAUUUUCUGUGGAUAAUGGGGGUAUACGUUCCAGAGAGAAAUCGGCGAAUACGUGAGUCUGCGAAUCUGGAGUGUGUGAAUGCAGUGGUUCACUGUAUGUAUUAUUGUACGUGGUCAGGAAAACAGUCACAAUCCCACAUAAUAGAGUAUGAACAUUUUAAGCUAUCUGUUUUGCAGUUUUUUAGAUCUUCCCUUUGUAGGUUGGCUAAGUUUGCCUCCAGUUUCAGCUUCUCUCUCCCUACCACUAGGUAUCCAAGUUAGACCCCUACUUGUUCUAUCCAGUUGGCUUCUCCCUUCCCCAGUAACAAAAACUUUUUAAACAUUUUUUUUCCUCUGCGUAAUCAUUUGUAAGUCACUAAUACAUCAUUCUGUGAAUGUUAUUGGGUCAGAUUUUGUUAAUUUUUCUGCUUUUGUUAAAAGCAGUUAAUUUAUGGCAUUAUGAGAUGUUACAUUCCCAUUUGUUUUUAGAUUUAUCAUAGGCUCACUUGUGACUAAGUUACAGUAUGAUUGGUAGUAACAAAUGAUUGUUCAAAGCUAUAGUAAUGGAACUAGAAAAUGAAGCUUGGUUCAUGUCAUAAGGAAGGGGGAAGGGGGCUGUGUUGAUCUAGUUAGGGAAGGGUUGGACUUGGUAUAGUGUGGGCAAACCUUUAGUCUAGGAGGUGCAAACCUUUAAACUAGUUGGGAGCAAGCUUGGCUGAGUGCAAAAGUUGCAACUUAAGAACUGUACUAUAUACAGGUUUGAAACUGUUAUAGUAGAAAUAAAUAGUUCAAUGUAAGUAUUGCCAUAGAUUAUUUGUAAACAAUAAACCAUUGUCACCUUUGAAGACAUGCAGGUCUUUCUUUACAGUUAUUAUGCAGCUAUAACUAAAUUCUGACUUAUUCUCCUAAUCUUACUGCCUACAAAUUUAAAAUGCUAGAUGUAGGUUGGACUAUUUCAGUUGGGUGUUGUUGUGGGUUGUUUAUAGUUUUAACUGUAAGUGAAUUAGGAAUUGUAAACUUUAUAGUGAUUCGUGAUUCGUCACAGAAUUUAUAAUUGCAGAAAACGAUGACACCCAAAUUUUCUUAAAUUUGUACUCGCAAGUAAACCUGUUAAUAUAAUGGUAUUAAUGAAAUGGUAUAAUUUCAUAAACAUUUGUUUUAGGUGGACAUGGAGUCUUGCACAGCACUGCUUUGUAUCGUGUGUGUAUCUUAAGUAGGUUUGGAAGUCUUGAGGCUGUAAUAUCUUUCUGUGAAUUUACAAUGGUUGAUUAUUUAGCAGAUUGAAUUUUGAAAAGGUGUACCAGAAUAAGACAACUGUAGAUUACAAUUUGAUCUGGCAAAGUUCCUGGUGCAUGAAAAUGUCUAGUCCUUAGUUUGUCAUCAGCUUUGUAUUUUAUAAGUUUUAUCUGUAUAAGCUGGUGAAACUGCAAAAUCAGAACUUAGCAUUGGUAUAGAACAAUCGCACAUUUAACGUAGUAGCUUACUUAACUAGUGUAUCAUUUUAAGCAUGUUUUUUGUAAGGUGUACAGUUCUUUCUCAUUGCAUUAUAAGUGAACUUUUGAUAUUAGGGGUGAAGGCUGAAAACUGCACAAAGCUAUACAUACUAUUUUGUUCACUAUGAUUAUUUAAGCACUCUAGUAAAAUUGAUGUGUGUAAUUAAUGACCUGCCCUUGUUUAUAUAAUAUAGGUUAAUUGUAGUAGAAACCUAAAGCUUGAACUUUGUAUGUAAAAUUUCGAAUUGGAAAAAUUCAGACUUUCUCUUUCUUCCAUCUGACUUUCCACCCUCUUUAACAAUUGUUUCAUAGUGCAACUACGAGGUUUUCUUCCUAUUACGUCUUUCAGACCUUCUUACUGUCCAUUUCCUUUUCAGCGCUGAAUGACCUCGUAGGUCCCAGUGCUUGGACUUUGGCCUAAAUUUUAUAAUCCAAUCCAAUCCAAAGGUUGGCUUCAGACUCAUAUGGUGUGGACUUGGUCUUGGCCUUGGCUUUGGCCUUGAAAGUUUAGUCAAUUUCAAUGAAAAUGUUGCAGUAUAUGAUUGAGUGACAUUAAUUUAUGAUAGCUUAAUAGGACCAGAGUUUUAAACUUAGCGUGAAAUGGUGUUGAAAGUUACAUCAUGACCAAUUACUUUAUGUAAUAUUACAUCCCAAGGAAGCCAUCGUAAUCAGUUUUUCUUUUCUGUGUAAAAGCAUAAUUCAGCAGUAAAGAUAUAAUGCAAGUAAGCAUCACAUUGUGUUAGCAAGUUCCAGCAUGUGGAAUGUUGUGCCAUUGUUAAGGUUGAUGUAGAAUUAGUCUUGAAAACAUUUUCUUAUUUUCAACUUUUGUAUCUUUUAGGUCGUUACUUAUAAAUGUGAUUUGUUACUUUAGUUAAUAUAACAGUUUUUGUGAAUAUUUUAAUGUAAGAAGUUGCUGCUAUUUACUGUACUUCAAUAAUGCUUUUAUUUGAUCUUGCCAUUUGUUGUGAUAUGAGGAUGGGGAAUUUUUUUUAUGUUGCACAUAUAUUAAUUUGUCUAUGAUAUUAUAUUAAGUGCACAGUACUUUUAUUUCUAUCAUAAGGUACUGUACAGUGUUUCAAAUGCCAUUUUACACUGAAAGUUUUUUAUUGUCUCUUCAUGUUACAUUCUUUGUAUAAUGAAUAGUUAAAAUAUAAAUUUGAAGAUCUCUUUUAGUCUGUGGUGCCAUGACAUCUGAGUUCCUUGUAAGAAUGGGGAUAUUUGUCGUGUUGUUAGUCCCUUCUCAGUCUUAGAUAGGUGCUAUUGGGUCCAAGAAAUUCUUGGUGCAUUGUCAAGAAAAGCUAUGCAUUUACUUCUAGAGUUGAUGGAAUCCUCAUUAAGUUGUAUUCUGUUUGUUAUAAAUAUUAUGUGGUUUUGUAUUUUAUCCAAGUUUUGGUUGAACAGUGAUAUAGAUGAGUUGCAAAUCAGUGUGAUUUCAUAGGUAUGACAUUUGGGAACAAAAUCCAGGCUGCAUAAACUAAAAAGGAGCUGGUUAUUGUAAAUAAUUUUUAUGAAUCUUGCCCUCUUUUCAGGAGUACAUAAACCUCUUUUAUAAGGAAAAAAUCAGGCUUAAUCCAAACCCAAGAACAAGGGUGAUAGGCAUUUCCAACUUGAGCUGGAAGUGAAGAUUUAUUUAUCCUUUGACAUCUGUGAUCCUGAAGGGAGGUCACGGGUUAAAAAGUCUCAGAGGGGUGACUGAUUUGAUCAUUUCAUUUGUCUCUGUACUUUUUAAAGUUUUUUGUAAGUUAAAAAGGCCCAAAUCUUUUUAUUUCUUGCAAAAAGGGCUGAAACCAAUAUGGAAUAGACCCAUUUUUCUUCGCUCUUUAAAAUCUUUCGAGAAAUAUGUCAAUGUAUACAUAUGUACGUACAGUACUAACUUUUUUCCUUGUGUCUUUGGUUUAAUGCGGGCAGUGAGUGUUUGACAUACUCUUAGCAACUUGUUUAGUAUUAAUACUUUUUCUAGUCGGACAGAUAAUCAAUUUGUAUCUUGUUAUUGUUUUCUGAGAAAACUUCCAGUGUAUCUUCGGAGUAAAAAUUCAAGUCUUGUAGGGGUUUUUUGUUUGAUACAUCUUUUUUUUAGUUUAGAUGAAAGUUUUAUGUAGGUUUAUAGAAAAGGAUUUGAUAUAAUCUAGGCAUGGUUUCAGAACUACAAGGAAGUACGGUAUUUACUUAGCCUCCUAAGCAAGUACCAGUGCCUUUCUUACUGCUCUCACAUCAUUCAAGAAUGUUAUUUGAAAGGUCUUCUGUAGAGCUCAUGUCCGUUCUAAGGAGGAGCAAUCCUUGGUGUUUUUCCUUGCCAAGCUUAUUUCUUAUAAGAGUUGCAGAAAAAAGACAAAUGGGUCAUUGAGCUUUUUUUAACUUCCAAAGCUUAAGUCCCAAAACUUGAGUAAAAUCUUUUGAAGGGGGUUUUGAGUCAUUAUUUUAUGUUGUAAGUUUAUUAUUCUUUCCCAAAAAUUUUAGGAAGUUGGACAGCCAACUUGUAAGAGAACAAAGGGGAUGGGUGAAAUGUCAAGCAAUGAUCAGAGCAACUGCUGGCCAAAGUGUUGAUCUACAAAACCAUGAAGGAAAAUCUUUAUUUGUCACUGCUUUUGUGGAUGUGUAAAUCUUUGAAGAAUGCAUUUAUUGUCUGUAAUAGUUUUGCAUGUUGAUGAUGAAUAGUCUGGAACCUUCUCUGCUGUAAAGGUUGUGAACUUGGUAGUGUUCUUAUUUUUCUUAUUUACCUUCAUUUUGUUAACCCUCGUUUUUCAAAAGUUUCCCAUCCUCAUUCAGAAUACUCUCUCAUCCUCAUUUAAAGAAGUAUGUGCCCCUUAUAUGGCAACUUCAAAACUUCUCAGGAUAUGUAUUUUCUGACCUUUCAUGCCAUUGUUACACUUUCAGCCUUAGUUGUGUCAGUGUUUUUGGUUUUUAUGCAAUUACCCAUUUCCUUUGAUGAUAGUGCCUUUAUUGCUCACUUAUUAUUAUUAUUAUUAUUAUUAUUAUUAUUAUUAUUAUUAUUAUUAUUAUUAUUAUUAUUAUUAUUAUUAUUAUUAUUAUUUUUUUUUUUUUGCUCUAUCACAGUCCUCCAAUUCGACUGGGUGUUAUUUAUAGUGUGGGGUUCCGGGUUUGCAUCCUGCCUCCUUAGGAGUCCAUCACUUUUCUUACUAUGUGUGCCGUUUCUAGGAUCACACUCUUUUGCAUGAGGCCCGGAGCUACUUCAGCCUCUAGUUUUUUCCAGAUUCCUUUUCAGGGAUCUUGGGAUCGUGCCUAGUGCUCCUAUGAUUAUGGGUACGAUUUCCACUGGCAUAUCCCAUAUCCUUCUUAUUUCUAUUUUCAGAUCUUGAUACUUAUCCAUUUUUUCCCUCUUCUUUCUCUUCAACUCUGGUGUCCCAUGGUAUUGCGACAUCAAUGAGUGAUACUUUCUUCUUGACUUUGUCAAUCAACGUCAUGUCUGGUCUGUUUGCACGUAUCACCCUAUCCGUUCUGAUACCAUAGUCCCAGAGGAUCUUUGCCUGAUCGUUUUCUAUCACUCCUUCAGGUUGGUGCUCGUACCACUUAUUACUGCAAGGUAGCUGAUGUUUCUUGCACAGGCUCCAGUUAUUAUUAUUAUUAUUAUUAUUAUUAUUAUUAUUAUUAUUAUUAUUAUUAUUUGCAUAGAUUUGUUGGGUAAAUCAUAAUGCCACUGAUUUGACUAUUAAGCAUCUAGUGUAGACUAAAAACAAAAACAGAGCAAAAGAAGUAAAUGUGAAAUUAAUAGUAAAUAACUAAUAUAAUUAAAUAAAUGAAAGUAAAUGAUGUAGAUAAAUUAUUGCAAACAAUCAGAGCAUUUUCAAUUAGUGCUGUAGCAUCCCUGCUGUUUUCUAAGCUUGCAAAGUUUCCCUGCUACUUUUGGCACAGUUUUAUAUUAAGACAUAAAUACUGGUAUCAUGUAAAUUACUAUGUGUAGUACUAUAAUAGAAUAUUUAUCUUAUGGAAGGAAAAUUAUUUAACUUACAGAACCAUUGUUUGAUCAAACAUUAUUCUUUAGGUAAAUUUUUAUUUAUUGUUACCUUGAGUGGUUUCAGUUAUGGAAUCGUUCAAGAUAACAUAAGCUAUGAAAUCUGAUCUGGCAACAGCACUGUAUCUGUACCUUGAAUACUUAAACCUUUUGAUUGCUCUUAAAACAUCUGAAUUACGUAACUUCAUUAUAUUUCAAGCCAAUUGUGCGAAGGAAGAAAUAUGAAAUUUUAGUUGUUUAUUUUAUAUUUUAACUGUUUUAAAAAUACAUGGGUACUUGUACUAUUGAGUAAAACCUUUAGGAGUUUAGUAUACUUGAAAAAAUGUCAAGGGUACCCAAGUCAUGAGUUGCUGUUACAGAUAUAGAAGUAAUGUGAGAGGAAAGUUAAUGUAAAGUACUUGACUGCACUUACUUUAUUGACUUUAGUUUAGAAACUGGCAGUUAUUGUGUGAAUUUUGUGUGCAUAACUGAGAAGGAUAAAGGUUUAUUUUAAUUUCUACUAGAAUUAGACGUAGGAUAAAAAAAAAAUUGAGCACUCUAGUAUUGAAUGUCAUUAUCCCUCAAUUAUGAGUCAGUUUGGUUUCCUCUCAAAGUUUCAGCUCUCUCUCUCUCUCUCUUCCCUGUACUGAUAUUUGUAGCGUUAGGUAUCACUACCACUUUAUUAAUAUGAUUUUCAUCAUUUAUUCCUUUGCUUUCAGUUGUUACUUCCUGUGUUUUUCACUAUUAUGCACUGAAAAAACUCACUGUUGUGUACUUAAAAAACAAGUAUUCUUAACAGUAUUCUGGAUUUAAUUUAAACUCGAGAGCUGACUACAGACACAGUUCUGACAUGUAUGUAAUAACCUGUGAACUGUAAAGUCAGCAAUCAGAAAGCACAGGAAUUGGAGAUCUUGCCAUUUUAAAAGUUACGGGUUAGUUCCCUUCACAAGUAAAAAUAGAACAAUUGAUAUUGCUAUUUGUUAAGAUGCAUUAAUAGCCAGACCUAGUAAGAUGUAAAACAGGUGGAUUGGUUGAAUGUUUCUUUGCUAGUUUGGAGUGUGAAAAGAAUUUAUACAUGAGCUUCAUUAAUACUUUUUAGAUUCUUUCAUUAGGUAACAAAUAAAGCAAGUACUACUGUAUUUAGGAUUUUUUUUAUUUUAAACAUAUUGCUGAUAUUUACUGGUGUUGAUGUGUGUAUAGAUGUAAGGUUCUGCUGAUGCUUUUGCUGUUUUAGUGUUAAUUAUUGUGUACAGUUUUGCAUUGUGAGAGAUUUAGUAGUUGUUAUUUUGUGGAAAAAACAACUAGCCUUAAGAAUUAUUAAAAUAUGAGUACAUACUGUAUGUGGUUUUUGUACUAGAAUUUUAUAAAGUGGAAAAUUA